AACGGUUUGCCGUUCCAGACCACAACGCAGUCAACACCGGCCCCGCCUUUCCCGUACGCCGGCCCCCACCGCCUCUCCGACGCCUCGGCCCAGACGCUCCUCGCCACAUGGAAGGCCCACCCACCCGCGCAACGCGCCAACGACGACGCCGCCCACGACUGGCAGACGCCCGCCUCCCUCGCGCCGCCGCUCGACCCGCUCUGGCACGACCUCUUCCUCGCCCGCCACGGGCGCGCGGCGCGCCUGCUGCACGCGCGGCACUACCUCGGCACGCCCGUGCCGCUGCUCUUCGACCGCGCGCGCACGCGCGUCGUGCUCAGCGUCGGCGGCGUCCGCUUCGUGUGGUGCCCGCAUCACGACCACGAUGAUGACGCGCGUGAUGGCGGCGGCGACGGCGACGGCGACGGCGACGGCGACGGCGACGGCGACGGCGACGGCAACCUCGACGUGCUCGUGCGCGUCCCGCCGGGACUCGCGCUGCGCGACGUCGCCGCGCGCCUGCACCACGGCGAUGCCACACGUCGCGACGCGCCUCCGCUGCCGUUCGCGGACGCGCGCGUCGAGCCGCCGGUGUACGCGGUCCCUGUGCACGAGCUCUGGGAGUGGGAGGUCGAGGCGCUGGGGCGCAACCGGUGGGCGGAGACGAGGCGCCGCGGGGGAGAGGUGCAUCCGGACUGGUUGGUGCUGCUGCUGCUGCCGCCGGGAGGACGGGGCGGGUGCGCGGGACGCGGGGUGCAGUGUGUGCCUCAUUAGCGCGCGGGAGCCGAGCGUCGGUUUUUGGUGUCUGCCCCUGAGGAGAGGUGUUUCGUUCUGCGAUCGGCUUGGUGCGGAGAACGGCAAUGUGGCAUAGGAAAUGUACUAUGGCGUGCAGUAGAGUGGGUGUGCUUCGAGGUGAGAUCUCAUAAGUCGAAAAGGCCAUUCUCAAAUGCGAUAA